AUGGCCUUCUCUUUUCUCCACUUACUUUGCCUUUACCUGAUAGUCCAGCUCUUUUGUGUGGCUGCUGCUCGAAAUGGCUUGGGGUCCUCCCUCACUGCAUCAGACAACACUCUAUCGUGGCAAUCGCCCUCCGGGGAGUUUGCGUUUGGAUUUCGCCGCGUUGGUGAUCAGGACCUCUUCUUGCUUGCCAUAUGGUAUGACAAGAUUCCAGAGAAGACUCUUGUUUGGUAUGCAAAUGGAGACAAUCCGGCACCAAAAGGAUCCAAAGUGGAGCUCACAAAGGAUGGUGAGUUCAAGCUCACCGGCCCUCGGGAAGAAGAAAUAUGGCCGCAGCCUGUUAUUAGAGGAGUUGCUUAUGCUGCCAUGCUUGACUCAGGUAACUUUGUUCUUGCUAACCAGAAUUCGGCUCCUUUAUGGCAGAGCUUCGAAGACCAAAGAGACACCAUUCUACCAACACAAGUGUUGGAAAUCGGAGACAAGCUAACUGCUAGGCAGACUGCAAGCAACUACUCAAAGGGCAAGUUUCAACUCCAAUUUAAACAAUCCGGUACGCUUGAGCUGUAUACCCUGGCAUUGCCUACAGACUACCCAUAUCCACCAUACUUCAGAAGCGAAACAUCUGAUGCAGCUGAUGAAUUCAACUCCGGUCUCCGGCUAGCCUUCAAUGAGUCGGGUCAAAUCAGCGUUGUUCUGAGGAAUGGAAACAAAGUGUCCUUCUCAAAUAGAACAGUAACCCCAUCAAGAGAUUACUAUUACAGAGCAACACUGGAUUGGGAUGGCCUUUUUACCCAAUAUGCUCAUCCAAAGUCCCCAAAAAAUGGGAGUUGGGAACCCUGGCUUAUUAUGUGGUCUAUACCAGGAAACAUUUGCUUCUCUUCAUCAGCUGGAGAUUUGGGCGGCGGGCCAUGUGGAUAUAACAGUUUAUGCAGACUUGACCCAAACACAAGGCCAAUUUGUGAAUGCCUUCCUGGCUUUUCUGCUACAGAUCAAAAUUAUAAGAUGUGGGGCUGCAAGCAAGAUAGAAUGCAAAGUUGUCAUCAACUAGGUGAUUCAAAGCCACAAGAUGUAUAUGUGAUGCAGGAGCUAGCAAAUACUUUCGGUCCCACUUCUGCAAACUAUGAAGUAUUGCAGCCAUUCAGUGAAUACGAGUGUAGCAGAUCUUGCCUCGAUGAUUGUAACUGUGUUGUGGCUGUUAUAUUCCAAGGGGGCUGCUUGAAGAAGAAGCUGCCCCUCUCGAAUGUAAGGCAAGACUGGAGUCUAGUCGGCAAGGCUCUCAUCAAAUUACCAAAAUCUGGUGCUUUUGAGCAACCUCAAUCAAACACAGGAAACAAAGAUCAGAAAACUCUCGUCUUAGUAGGAGCACUCCUUCUAGGUAGCUCUGUGUUUCUCAACUUCCUAUUUGUUGCAGCAAUUGCGUUGCUUCUUUUCUGCACAUACCACAAAUCACAUAGGGUUACUCCUAGCACAUCCAGUAUUAUGGAAGCAAAUCUACGCGCUUUUACGUACAAAGAGCUCGAGGAUGCCACAGAUGGUUUCAGAGAAGAACUAGGAAGAGGGGCUUUUGGCACUGUGUACAAGGGAGUCGUAUCAUCUCUAAGCUCAACAAACUACGUGGCAAUCAAGAAGUUGGACAAGGUAGAACAACAAGGUGAAAAGGAAUUCAAAACAGAAGCGAGUGCAAUAGCCAAGACCCAUCACAAAAAUCUCGUCAGAUUGCUUGGCUUGUGUGAUGAAGGGGCAAAUAAACUCCUAGUUUAUGAGUAUAUGAGCAACGGAACACUGGCCAGCUUUCUGUUUGGGAUUUCAAGGCCUGACUGGAACAAACGAAUCCAAAUUGCAGUUGGUAUUGCUAGAGGGCUAAUGUACUUGCACGAUGAGUGUAGCACUCAGAUCAUCCACUGCGAUAUCAAACCCCCCAACAUACUUCUCGAUGAUUCAUUUACAGCAAGGAUUUCGGACUUCGGAUUGGCCAAGCUUCUGCUAACUGAUCAAACUCUGACUCAUACAGUCAUUAGAGGAACCAGAGGGUAUGUUGCACCAGAAUGGUUCAGAAAUACUCCAGUCACUGCAAAGGUUGAUGUUUACAGUUAUGGGGUGAUGCUGUUGGAGAUUAUCUGUUGCAGGAGGAGCCUCGAAAUAGAAAGGGAAAAUGAAGAACAAGUGAUACUAACUGACUGGGUCUACGAUUGCUACAAGCAAAGGAGAUUAAACGAGUUGAUCGAGGAUGAUGAGGAGGCCAGAAAUGACAUGAAAAGGGUGGAAAGGCUAGUAAUGGUGGCAAUUUGGUGCAUACAAGAGGAUCCAUCUUUGAGACCCCCCAUGAAGAAGGUUACACAAAUGCUCGAAGGAGUGGUUGAUGUAUCUGUACCUCCAAGUCCUUCUCAUUUUAGUUCAAUAUGCUGAAACUUGCUGUAUCCAUGCGUUCAUUAAUUGUCGUUGCUUCACUUCUGAAGUCUGUUCAAGUUUUGUAACAAAAUAAAGUGUAUAAGU